CCGUGUUGUAGUUCAUUGUAUCGGUUGGAGGCUCGAGGAGUUGCGACUAGAGUGAUCGGCAGAGCGACCCAACGCUGGAAUACCGGACUCCUUGCCCUAAAAGACUUCAGCCAUGGCCGCCAUCCGUAAGAAGCUGGUGAUCGUGGGGGACGGAGCGUGCGGCAAGACCUGCCUGCUCAUCGUCUUCAGUAAGGACCAGUUCCCCGAGGUCUACGUGCCCACCGUGUUCGAGAACUACGUGGCCGACAUAGAGGUGGACAGCAAACAGGUGGAGUUGGCUCUGUGGGAUACAGCUGGACAGGAGGACUAUGACCGGCUCAGGCCCCUGUCUUACCCAGAUACAGAUGUCAUCCUGAUGUGCUUCUCCAUAGACAGCCCAGACAGUCUGGAGAACAUCCCAGAGAAGUGGACCCCUGAGGUGAAGCACUUCUGCCCCAACGUUCCCAUCAUCCUCGUGGGAAACAAGAAGGACCUGCGCAACGACGACCACACCCGCCGGGAACUUGCCAAGAUGAAACAGGAGCCAGUCAAGCCAGAAGAGGGCCGGGACAUGGCCAAUAAGAUCGCAGCGUUUGGCUACAUGGAGUGCUCGGCCAAGACCAAGGACGGCGUGCGGGAGGUGUUCGAGAUGGCCACCAGGGCGGCGCUGCAGGCGCGUCGCGGCAAGCAGAAGACCAAGUGUCUUCUGCUGUAGAAGUGGACUCGCCGCUGGACUCUUUGUCGACCCUGGGCUGGUGACGCGCGGCCAGGGCUCAUGCGGGGACUUUGGGAUGAUGGGAGAUGGACGUGGGUGGGUGGGUCUAAAGUGCUAAAAAAGUGACUUCCGCCGUAACAUGGCUGACAUAUUGGACUUGGGGUUUGACCUGGGUUCCCCUGAGCACUUGGGGGAAGGGAGGGAGGGAGAGAGAGUGGGAGGUUGGGGAUGGCUGUAUAGACCUUGGACGGAGGGGGAGGGACGGAGCCACACUGCCAAUGGGUACCCACUGUAAACCAGUAGUAUAUGUGUCCCUGGGCUACUGGCAGUUUAAAAUUCCUUCCAACCAGCCUCUUAAAGAGAGAAAGAUAAUUUUAGCUGUUCUGUUUUUAAGGUCACAUCGAGUUAAGAAAGUCUAUUAAAGCUGUGACGAAGGCAGAGAAUGGGGUUUGGGGAAUUCACUGCCCCUGGAUUGGCAAGUAAACAAGUGUGGGUGGGAGGGGGAAAACAAGCAUUUUCCACCCCUAAACUGCAGUACAACUGUGCUACCCUGCAUGGUACAACCCGUUCCAUAUACGCUGUUGGCAGUCGGCUCCGCUCUCCUCUCCCUGUUCCACAAAGUUGACUGCUGGUGCUCCGCUCUACCGGGGGCACCUGACACGACGCUCCCCCUCCCCCCCCCCCCCCCCCACCAACACCACUAGGAGGAAGAACCAGGACAGGAGACAAGCGUGUUUACAUGUAUGAGCAUGAUCACACACCAUGACCUCAUCAGUGACAUCUGAGACCUGUGUUUUCCUUUUAAGGAACUACUUUGUCAUUUUCCUAUCUUUUUUUUUUUUUUUUUUUAAACUGGUUGUGGAGAAGGGAAAAUGGAUAAUGGCUGGUUUUGCUAUCCAUUCAGUAAUUAUAAUUUGUGUUAACGUCUAGGACAUUUGCCACCCAUCUAUUGAUCUAUUAUGAUUGUACUUGGUUAGUUUACUCGUUGACUAUACCAACCAACCUGCAUUGGCACCCAGAUGAAAAUUUAAUUUGAUUGUCCCGUGUGACCCUUCAGGUUUCCCUCGUUGUAGACAUCUGAUUCCAAGCCUUGAAUUGAGUCGAGUUUGAUUCCUGUCUGGCUUUGCUGCCUGAUCUGCGUACCAAAUAAGCACACAGGCUUUACCGAAGCUAUUCUCCUAGAUGUGAUUCAUCCAUAAUUUCCCCCGCCCUCCUUACCCUCAGAACACCUGUGAGCCGUCUCCUUCUCCUGUUCUUCCUGCCUUUUGCCCAGGUGGAGGACAGUUCUAGAAACCUUCUCUUGUUUUUAUGUUUCUUUAAAAAAAAAAAAAGAUAUAUCUUUAAUAUGUUGUCUAUCAGUAUUUAAGAUUGGGAGGUGGAAGACUGUGGACUGCUAAUGUUUUCGCUUUGUUCUUGUUUUUAAUUUUAUUAUUUUAGGCUUUUUUUUUCAUCUACAUUAGGUUGUUAGACCCCAUCAGUCAUCCCUGCCAAAUGCUGGUAUUGGGCAGAAAGGAUAAAGGCGGGCCACUGCUGCUUGUCUACAACUUGGUUAGGACCACAAUUGCUGUAUAGGUUUUUAUUUUAUUUUGAACCCAAACUAGACGAAUAAAGACAAUAGGAAGAAAGCGUAAGUCUCCUUGUCGUGUACAAAUUCCUUUUAUGCUUUUAUUGUAUUUUUACUUUUUUUUGUGAAAUGGAACAGGAAAAACAAAGCUGAAUGCAUAAGUCUGUAAAUAUACAAUGUGGGUUUGUUCAUACUAGACUACACACGCACAGGACUGGAAACUGUAUUUGUAAACUAGGUUUGGUUUGUGUAAUAAAUUACUUUCUUGUAACACGUUUC